AUGCUGACCGCACUCGUCCCGCAAGAGCUGCCUGGGCUCCCGAGGUGGAUGCCCGCGGCUCCCGCGCGUCGCCAGGAUUCCUCAGGUUCAUCUGGCUCCUACCACACAGCUCCGGAUUCUCCAGAGCCCCCGGACUUUGGGCCGGACGCUGAAGGCCAGGAGAAUUGGCCCUGCGUGGUACCUAGGCGGGGGGUGGAUACGCAGCCUCGCCUGUCUGUCAGCUCCCAGAAUAGCAGCCAGCAGAUCUGGUGCGGCUCGGGUUUCCCUCGAGGUCCGGGCUUCCGCCCGCCACCACCCCAGCCCCAGCUGCGCAUGCUGCCGUCGGGGGAGAUGGAAGUCAUCUUCAGCGCCAGGCCUCUGUUCAGCAGCUCAGAUUCCGAGGACUGCGAGGUGCAAGAGCUCAUGGCGCCGGCUUUAAGCAAACCGUCGCUGCCGGAGCCAGCGUCAUCCUCCCCUAUGCAACUGCAGCCCCAGUCCCCGGACGGUGGCUCCCGCUGGGCCACCUAUCUGGAGCUGCGGCCCGGUGGGCCAAGUCCUGUGGCCUCAGCGCAGUUCGAGUGUGUGGAGGUGGCGCUGGAGGAGGAGCACACCGCUCCAAGCAGGCCCAGGACCGUGCCGAAGCGUCAGAUCGAGCUUCGCCCCCGGCCCCCAAGUCCCUCGAGAACGGCUGGCGCGCCGCGCCCCCCACUGUUCCUGCGCACUGGCUCCCUAGACGAGUCAAUGGGACGCCUGCAGGCUGCUGCAGGCCUAGUGCAGACAGCAUUGGCCAGAAAAAUGGGUCCCACUGCCCCGGAGCCAAGCAGCACCACCUUUCGGCCCACUGAGCGGCCAGAACCUGAGACUCGGGAAACGUCCGGCAGCACCCACGUGGUCCUGGAAGAGGCUAAGUCUCGGCUACUUCGAGAUCAAGAUAAUCUGGUCCGGGCGAGAGCCCCGCGGCCUUGGCCCAGCCUACGCGAGCGCGCGAUUCGGCGCGACAAGCCCAUGCCCGGCACCGAGCCUUUGGGUCCUGUUAGUUCCAGUAUCUUCCUGCAAUCGGAGGAAAAGAUCCAGGAGGCACGAAACCAGGAACCCAAGACUCGGUUCCCACGAGAGACCCCGAAUCGAACCUUUCUUAGGGCACAUAGUCCACCUUUUAAGUCUAGGGACCCCUCGGAAAUUCCGAGUAGGUCUGUGAGGCCAAGGAGCCCUUCUCCAUUGUGGCAGGCUCCAAAUGGGGCCGAGCGGGGUCCUCACUGCCCGUCCCCACGGGAUCAGACUGAACGGAGGGUGAGUAGCCCGUCUUUCCCUGAAGCAUCGUCUGCUUGGGAAAAUCAGAAUCCCUCUGUGGAGGAAACUUCCAGCAGGAGGACCCCUUCCCCUCCAACUCUUUCCCACUGGAAUCAGGGUGCUCCUGGAGUAAGGAGCUCACCCCCCGAAGUUCCUUCCCUGUGGGACGCUCCGCAACCAGCAGUAGGAGAGGCUGUAGGGCCGGGUACAAGCCGGUCUUCGUUGGCCUUGUUCCCUUGGGAGGCGGAAGAUCGUGCUGUUGGAACGCGGAGCCCAUCACCCCAAGGGACAGGGGGUCCCAUGGUCCAGGGCUCGUCGACAGCGUUUACGCGGGAAGCUAUGAAUGGUGUAGCUGAGGAGUUGGCACCGCCUACACCAGCCGCACCCGGGACUCCAGAACUUACGGAGGUGCAGAGCACCCCCACGCGAGAGAGUCCGAAUCUUGUCCUCACAAGCACCGAGCCAUCGCCAAAGACAGAGGCCCCUGAGCCGCCCCUGAGCAGUCACGUCGUGAGGACCCUGGACGCUGAUGUGCGCCCAGAAGCUUUGUACUCUGAAGUGGCCUCUGGACGCUCACGCGUGGCUGUUCCGCGGCCGCGAGAUGUGCGCAAGAUAGUUAAGACCACGUACGCUCCAAGCUUCCCAUCCGGAAGCCCAAGCUCAGGGCUACCUGGGCCUCCUUCGGAUUCUAGCGGGGAGGAGGGCGAUGCAUCAAAGACGCCAGAGCAUCAGGUGCUGGGGUCCCCCGCACCAGCUCACUACACUUCCGUUUUUCUCAAGGAUUUUCUGCCGGUCGUGCAGCACCCCUACGAGUCCCCUGAGCCAUCCCACGACACAGUCCCACGGGACGCCUCGCAGCCCAACGGGGUCUUGCGGCGGAGGGCAGAGAACAGCACAGCCAAACCCUUCGCGCGCACUGAAAUCCGCUUGCCUGGUGCUUUGGCCUUAGGCGGGCGGCCAGAGAGGAUCUCGAGAGUCCUAGUCCACAGUCCGGGCGGAGAGAAUCCGGACGCCAAAACACAGCGCCUGGUUCCCGACGGCGAGGGUCGGACCAGCCCCCUAGGCGGCGCUCGCAGCUCACCCCAGCGGUCCUCUUUAGGACCCUCAGUGACGCGACUAUCCUGCCCCGGCUCCCCUCAGGCAUGCCCUAACUCGAGCCCUGGGAUUGCACCCAAACUAGAGGCCCCUGCUGCGACCUCCGAAUCCGCAGCUUCCCCCGCUCUGCGGGAGUCCCAGGCGUUGGCCAGCAUGACAGCUCGGCCCCAGCCCCGCGCUGCUUCUGCACCUCCCACGGACCGGUCCCCUCAAGGCCUCUCCCAGGCAAUGCUCAGGCCUCUGGGAGCCACGCACCCGGGGAAGGUCCUAGUGGACCCAGAGACUGGCCGCUACUACUUUGUGGAGGCGCCGCGGCAGCCGAGGCUGCGGCUGCUCUUCGACCCCGAGAGCGGGCAGUAUGUGGAGGUGCUGCUACCGCACUCAUCCCCCAGGCAGCCCAGCCACAUCUACACCCCGCUAUCCCUGGGGCCUGGCCUCUACCCGCCUGCCUAUGGGUCUAUUCCUGGCCUCUCACUCCCGCCAUCCUCGGGCCUGCCUGCCCUCAGCAGCUCCCAGCUGCCCUGGGCCUCUGAGGCAGGACCCCUGGACGGGAUGUACUACCUCCCCAUGAGCGGGACUCCCAGUCCCGCUCCAUCUCUGCUCCUCUGUGCCCCACCUGCCCGCUCGGAUCAUCCCACCCAGCCUAGCAAGGGCUCUGUGUUCCCGUUGUGA